GCGGAAGUUGCUGGGCGGAAGUGCCGGGCGUGGCCUGGUCCGGCCCACGGGCGGAGUGAACAUGGCGACGGAGGGGGACGUGGAGCUUGAGUUGGAGACUGAGACUAGCGGCCCGGAACGGCCUCCCGAGAAGCCGCGAAAACAUGACAGCGGAGCGGCGGACCUGGAGCGUGUCACCGACUAUGCGGAGGAGAAGGAGAUUCAGAGUUCCAACCUGGAGACGGCCAUGUCGGUCAUCGGAGACAGACGCUCCCGGGAGCAGAAAGCUAAACAGGAGCGGGAGAAGGAGCUGGCAAAAGUCACAAUCAAGAAGGAAGAUUUGGAGCUGAUAAUGUCAGAGAUGGAGAUCUCUCGGGCAGCAGCCGAACGGAGCUUGCGGGAACACAUGGGCAACGUGGUAGAAGCUCUUAUUGCCCUAACCAACUGAGGAGUGUUUGCUCACACAUACUUAUCGUUUAGUGGCUUAACUUAUUGCAAUAAAA